AUGUCUCUCAGAACUGGGCUCUGUCUUCUCGGUGCUAUACCUUUUGCGUCUGCCGCAGCCUGGGGCAGCACACCAGUUCGCGCGUCUUCGUUCGUGGGCUCCACCGCGACGUUCGCGUUCCCACCACCCAACGUAACGGCGACCGUACCUGAUCCCAACUUCCCAGACGGCUCUGAAGUUGGGUUCGCGGGCCCAACGCCUACGGGUGAUGAAGCCGCAGCCAUCGCGACUGCUGCAACGUUCACCCCGUUCGACAACACCUACCCCCUCGUCCAGCCCGACACCUCGGACCACAAAAGCAGCCAAUUCAAUGUCUUCCAUAGCUGGGGAAACCUCGCUCCUUGGUUCUCCAUCCCGUCCAGCGAGUUUGGGCUCCCGCACGCGUCUCCUUUGGUGCCAGAGGGGUGUGGGAUAAACCAGGUCUUCCUUCUCCAUCGGCAUGGCGCGAGGUAUCCUACUGCUGGAUCGUUGCCGUCUGCAUUCGCUACGAAGCUGCACGGUCUCGCUAACAGCACGGGGUUCACCGCCUCUGGGCCCCUCGAAUUUCUCAACGAUUGGACGUAUAAGCUUGGUGCUGAGAUCUUGACGCCCUUCGGUCGCGAGCAGUUGUAUGACCUUGGUGUUUCGUUCAGAGUCAACUAUGGAGAGCUCUUGAAGGGCUUCGAUGACCUUCCCGUUUUCCGUACAACGUCUGAAGAUUCCUCGUUAAACUUCGCCGCCGGUUUCUUCGGUGUCCAGAGCUAUCAAACGAGCUAUCAUCAGCUCAUUGAAGUCGAGGAGCCUGGAUUCAACAGCACGCUCCAGCCGACCAACGUCUGUCCAGACGCUUCUCUCAGCGGAGGCCAGUCCGGAAAAUGGUCAGCGGUGUACACGCCACCUAUCAUCAAAAGGCUCUCCAAGUACCUCAACGGUGUCAAUCUGACGGCUUCGGAUAUCAUUGGCAUGCAGCAGCUCUGUGCCUACGAGACCGUAGCUCUUGGCUUCUCGAGCUUCUGUGACGCAUUCACGGAGGAGGAGUGGAAGCAGUAUGAAUAUUACAAUGAUCUUGGCUUCUGGUACAGCAAUGGACCUGGAAGUCCGUCCGCCGCGGCGAGAGGUAUAGGGUGGUUGCAGGAGCUCGUCUCCCGGUUGACGCAGACCCGUAUCAGCGAGUUCAACUCGUCUGUCAACAAGACAAUCGUGACGAGCGAUAUCUGGUUCCCUCUCGAUCAGCCAAUCUAUGUGGAUGCUACCCAUGACAAUGUCAUGGCCAACAUCGUCACGGCGUUGAACUUGACUAGCUUAGCAUCGGGCGGUCCUCUCCCAACGGAUCACAUCCCCGAGGGUAGGACUUACUUCACAAGCAAGAUCGCUCCAUUUGCGUCCAAUCUCGUGGCCCAAGUGCUUUCCUGCCCGGCGUCUUCCACGCCCACGCACAUCCGUUUCAUCCUCAACGACGGCGUCGCGCCACUGAUCGGCCUCCAAGGCUGCGCAGAGGACAAAAACGGGUUGUGCGAGCUUGGCGCGUUCCUCCGCGGGGUCAACGCGCGUAUCGCCGAGGUCGACUUCGACUUCGACUGCCUGGGGAAUUACACCGUGCCAUCACCUGAUACCAUUCUGGACGGAAGGUUUCCUCCGUCACUGAGAAAUGGAACGAGCGCUUGA